GAGUGCUGAGGUCAGAGUCCACCUCGAGGAAGUUAGCUUUGGAAACCCGGUUAGUGGUGGAGAAGAGCUGCUCAGGCCCAAUGGCGACUGUGGAAGCAAGCGGCAACGAUGGGAAAGGGCAAGGGGUCGAAACCUCCGUCACCUAUUAUCGAUUGGAGGAGGUGGCGAAGCACAACUCCAUGAAGGAGAUAUGGCUGGUGAUCCACGGGAGAGUCUACGAUGUCACCCGUUUCCUUAACGAGCAUCCUGGGGGAGAAGAGGUUCUAAUGGAACAAGCUGGUGCAGAUGCAAGUGAAAGUUUUGAAGACGUAGGCCACUCCUCUGAUGCCAGGGAAAUGCUCAAGCAGUACUAUAUCGGUGAUGUGCAUCCGAAUGACCUUAAACCUGAAAGUGGUAGCAAGGAACCUUCGAAAGAUCCCACGUGCAAAAGUUGCUGGACAUACUGGAUUUUGCCCAUCGUAGGCGCUAUUGUCUUAGGUUUCCUGUAUCGUUACUACACAUCGGAGAGCAAAUCCUCCUGAGGAGACCGCGUGGAAGUCGGAAAGCAUAUCCAUUGGGAGUGCGAGCUAGAGACUUGUUUGGAGGCCAAGCGAUGCCCUCUUCUCGAAUCCUGCCGGGUGUGUGUGCUUCCCCCUCGGAACCCAGAUGGUUGGCCAGACAUCCACCCCAGACCUGGGGCCAGUGUCCUUCAUCUCCCAGAGCCUUAUUCCCAAAGCACCUGCCCGUUGUCCUGUGUCCCUGCCAGUGGCCCUUCUCUCCGCUGGCCUCCGCCAGCCCCCUUUACCUUUCCAGACUUGGUUUUAUAAUUACAAUCCACAUGUCCUUGGGACAUUGUUCUUUGAUAAAAAUGCCUGGUUUCCAAUAUUUUGAAUGCACGUUAAGACAUUCUUAACAGGGCAACACACUCUGGUUUUGAAGCUUUUCUUUUUCCAUUUUUCUUUGAAGUAAAAGAAAAAAAAACAUAUAUAUGUAUAUAUAUAUAUGUGUUAUAUGUAUAUAUAUAUGUAUGUAUGUUUUUUGUUCUGACUUGAAUCUAUUAUUUAUAAGGGAUUUAAUUGAUGAAGUAAAGUUGUUGCACACCUAUGGCAUAAAACACAACUGCCAAAUGAUCUUGUUCCUUGUUUAUAUUUAUUAAAACCAGAAGAACCAUGAAAUCCUUUCCUCCCUCCUGACCUACCGUAGCAGGUAACUCUUGUCACCAACCCCCACCCCCACCCCCACCCCCAAGUCCACCGAGUGGUGCUGGACAGAACUGUGCUUCUCUUGUAUUUCUUGGGAGUGGAGAGAAAGAGGGGAGGGAAGGGAUGAAUUGGGGUGAUAGGGUGAUUUCAUAGUCCUCUUCUGGAAAAUACUGAAAACACUACUUUAGGACAAGAGUUUAGGAAAAGCACCAAAGACUUCAUUUUUUUUUUUUCCAAAGGCUUCAUUCUUUACUUUGGUUUGACACCAGUUUCUAGCCAUCCCUUUUCUUUUCUUUCCCCCCCAACUAACCACCUUUUAUUGGUAAAAUACAAAAUUAUAAUUAUAACUGUGGAACUUCACCAGGGAUUUUUGCUGCUUUUAAAUGUAUUGAAUAAUAAAUUUUUUCAUUCCCUGUUUUAUAAAAUUAAGAGAUUCCAGCUUGCUCAAAGACCCAAUAUUUGAUCUUCUGUUUGUUGGCCCCAGUAACAUAAGUUCCAUAGAACAGUGGCAUUCGAAAUGGGGACUUCAUGACAAAAGAAUGCUUUCCAUUUCAUCUCUAUUUUACCUUCAUGGCUCUAAUUUGUGGUUUUGUUGUUUUUCCAUUGAGGAAAAAAUAAAAAACAACAACAGCUAGUAGUUUUAUCCCUUGGAUGAGUGUUUCAUUGAAGAGUAGGUCAUUAUUUAGAAUUUUGUUAGUGUUUCUUCUUGGUUCAGGAAUUUCUCUGGCUUAUUUGACUUAACUUUUUUUUCCCCCGUGGAAACACCUGAGGACUGGCUGUUUUCUGCCAGCAGCUGUUUGUGGUGAUUUUUCUUCCGAUUUUUUAAGGAUUACCAGUCUGCUUCUGGGCCAUUGUCCUAUGUAGCAAGGAGCAGCUUGGUUUCAGAAGGACCAUGAACCCUGCUGUCUCCUCCCUGCUCACAGCUUGCCACGGACAGGAAUGUGGCCUGCAAAGCAGUGUCUGCCCAUGCAAACCAGGAAAAGGCUCAACCCAAGUCCUGCAGUUGAGUGUAUUCAGAAUUCAUAAAAAUAAUAUUCACCUUGUAUUUGCACCCUUGGAUAUGAUAUUAUGGAGACAUUUCAGGGGAUUUUUGAGAGACUUCUAUACGUCAGGAAUACGGGAAUAGUCAAACUUUUAUCUUUACGAACUUUGUAUAAGAUGCCACUUUUAGACAAUUUAUUGAAAAAAACCUUUGGUUAUUACAGAACGGAAGUGGUAUGACUGUUGGUGCUCCUCCCGUUUGAAGGCAUGUGGAAGGGUUGCCUUGAAUAUGAAUUGGUAUCUAAUUGCUGUAAUAAUUAAGCUGCAUGAUUACAUGGGCCACAUUGGGGUAGAAAUAAAGAACAAAGGAGUAUUGAGGAACUGGAAGGGGAACAUUUAGGCUGAAGCUAAGCCAGCAGAUAACUUGGAUCAAUUAAGAGUAUGUUGGCAGUCUACAAAAUUAAGUGAAAAACAUCUGGCUUAUAAGAAAUGUUAAAGAGUGACAGUCUUAGGUAAAGUUGGCGUGGUUAUUUUGGAUAUUUUUAGGGUGAACACCAACACAAAAGGUAUGUUUUUCUCUUUCAUAUUGGUUGUCUUUUCCUGUUUAUAUCUGGACUUUUUUUUUCUCAGAGCCAGAGGAAAAGAUUUUUAGACUUGUCUCUACCAUCCAUGAAAUCCAUCCAACCAGAGCUGCUUUUGAUCUACUGCUAAUGUGAUGUCACUUUGUACUAUAAAAACCACUUUUGGGUCCAUUUACUGUUACUCUGCUGCCUACAUCAACAGGCAGGCAAAAGGUAGAGCUAGUGUGGGAAUUUGCACAGGUUUUUCUAAACAAUAGAGUAUGUUAGCCAAACCCAUCAAGAAAGCCUUGUUUUUAGAGGUAGACUCAAAUUCUCGAAACAGUCUCCACAUUGGUAAGUCAUGUAAACCCCUCUGGAGAACAAGUGGAGCCAGUCCCUGCCGGCUGAGGGUGCCCCCUAGAGCUGGUCUCCGAGGUGCUGGGUUGUUUAUUCCUGGGGAAGACACACAAUGGCUGGAGGUCAUGAAAGGAGAGGAGGGAAAACGUGUGCCACCAAAAUAGGGAUAUCAGUGCCAGGUCUCCAAAAUUUCCUAGUCCCUGUCCCUCGGGAAUCAGUUUUGGUUUCUAAAUGACUCCACAUUUGUAAGGACAAGAAAGUGGUGGGGACAAAAUUGAUAGUGUUUAGUUCUUAUGUGACCCCUGAAGCAGAAACAAAAAUCCAUGGGAACCUAUAAUUUGAGCCUAUAAAGUUUUUUCAGCAGCUGUCAUAAAUGCACACACAUCGUGAGAUAAGAGCGUUGUUGAGUCUGUAUUCAUGUAGUUCCGGCGUGGAGCAAUGAGAAAUGUUCUAUGGGUUAGGCAUAUCAUUACUCACAGUGUCUCAGGCUUCACGUCUCAGGAUUAUCUGGUUAGAUUCCAUUUUAGGGGAUUGAACUGCAGAACAUUAAUGUUCAUUACUUCCUUCCCUGGGAGAAGUGGAUUGAGACAUGUCUUGUCUCAAUAAGAGAUCUGUUUUUGUUUUUUGUCUGUUUGUUUGUUUUUUAAGCCAUCUCAUUCUGUUGCCAAAUAUCACAAAACAAAUGGGGAGUUUAGUUCACAUUUGGCUGUUAUUCUUUGAAAGGGCCUGGUUUGGAAUUUGUGGGGAUGAUUUCAGAGGAAGGUUCUGGGAACCCGAGUUACCUACCCAAUAUCUAGCAUCUUACUCAUGAAUUUUAGGAGCUGUUCUUUUCCUGUACCUGUAUCCUAUGUGUGCUAGUUGAGUGAAAGAUGAUUAUUUGACUUCUUUCUUUUUUACUUCACCCUCUACUGUGAACGAGUAAUAUUAACAUUCUUUUUGUGUAUUCAGUAAUGGAGUUUGUUUACCUAUUUUAUUUCAGCAUAUUUUGAACAAAGAUCUUUGUCUCUUUCUGCUGGAAUGUGCACACAGUGAAUGUUUGUUAGAACUACACACAAUAAAGAUACUGUUUUCCUUUUCUU